AUGCCCAGCGGGACCCCCGCCCAUCAUCGCCACGCGACUCCUAAGCCCACCGUGGCAGAGCGGCCACACGGGCACAAAGAGGUGCCCACACAAGCGAUUCCUCUGCCCAAUGCUGCACCAACAGAAUGGCCCUUCACCUCGUGGGAACAAUUCCAUGCGGCUAUGAGUGCGUUCAAGGCCGUUAUGGGGGCGACCACGGAACCCGGUGAUAGGGCUCCCAUCCCGCCAGAAGACGGCAGCUCAAUGCAGGCCUUUCUGCUGCGCAUCGAGCGCCGGUACGCGCUGAAGGGAAUGGAGCCGCGUGAGUGGGGAACCGAGCUCAUAGACCAUCUCGUGGGGCCGGCUCUAACGUAUUGGAUGUAUCUACAGCGAACUAUCGAUCUAAGCGACUGGGCGACCGUAAAGCACCGGCUUUUGGAACGGUUUAACAGGGCAAUGUCACCGAGCGAAACGCUAUAUGAGUUGGCUAAAGUGCAAUGGAAUGGUGACCUGAAGGACUACACGGAGCGGUUUGCGAUUGUAGCGGAGCGGGGCAUGAGUCUUACCC